UGUUUACUCAUGCCCGGUCAGAGCCGGGCAGACAGCGCCGCCGGCCGCCUCACUGUAACUGUACGUGUUGGAUCAAGUGUGAGAAGGAAACCAGCAGCUCGACAUCGUCGUUCAGAGUCGGGACUUUGGUUUUCACUCACGGAAAGUCGUUUUUUCGUACAGUCAGUAGCUCAUUUGUGCGCGAGCGUAACAAGCCGCUUGGAUACCUGUCACCAUGGGAGGAGGACGCAGAGGCGAACAUGACUACUCCUUUGUCAGUCCAGUCGUCAAAUACCUUCUGUUCUUGUUCAAUUUUAUAUUCUGGAUAAUCUCCCUGGUGAUGGUAGCAAUCGGCGUGUACGCCCGCAUGAUGAAACAUGCAGAGGCAGCCGUGGCGUGUCUGUCAGUGGACCCUGCUAUGAUGCUGCUGGUGGUGGGGGUCCUCAUGUUCAUCAUCACCUUCUGUGGCUGUGUGGGCUCCCUGCGAGAAAACAUCUGCCUCCUGCAGAUGUUCUGCAUCUGUCUGACGGUGAUCUUCCUGCUCCAGCUGGCAGCUGGGGUCCUGGGCUUCGUCUUCUCUGAUAAGGCUCAGACUAGAGUGACUGAGAUGAUCAACAAUGCCAUCGUCCACUACAGAGAUGACAUCGAUCUGCAGAACCUCAUUGACUUCAGUCAGAAAGAGUUUGGCUGCUGUGGCGGUGUGACAUACAGUGACUGGUCCAACAACAUCUACUUCAGCUGCAAGCUGGACAACCCCAGCCGAGAGCGCUGCUCCGUGCCCUUCUCCUGCUGCAUCCUGAACAAGGAAGAGAAUGUGAUCAACACCAUGUGUGGCCAAGCCAUGCAGGAGAAGGAGUUCGCCCAAGCUGGAGACCAUAUUCACGUGGACGGCUGCAUCGACAAACUGGUAAACUGGAUCCACAGCAACCUGUACCUCCUGGGGGGCAUCGCCCUGGGACUGGCCAUACCACAGCUGGUCGGCAUCCUCCUGUCUCAGAUUUUGAUCAACCAGAUCAAAGACCAGAUCAAACUCCAGAACUACAACCUGAAGCACCGCUCUGACCCAUGGAGAUGACCCACCCUUGAUCACUCCAGAUUCUGGUGAUUGGCUUCAGAACCACUGAGGAAAAAAUCUGUCAUGGCUGCCUGGAUUAAGCAUCCAGCAUCAUUGAUUUUAGAAACAAAAACACAAGACUAAUAAUAUUCAGCCAGCAUGUGGACAUGCCAUUAAUACUUGGCAAGGAUGUGCAGGUUAGUACACACAUAGGAAACAAACAGAGGAACAGGACUCUGUCGCCACCUGCUGGACACAAACCAAGCUUGAACUGAGCAAACUUUUGUAUGGUACCAAACCCGAGGCAGGAAGAGUUGGUUAUCAGGGUCUUAUUGACAGGAUCAUUUGAACCUGAGAGUAUCAUUAACUUUUUAUCAGUGGUAGUAAAUAUAUACUUAUCUUUGUUGUUAAAUCCAUUAUUCUGUAUAUGCUAGCUGACUAAAAAGGGAAUUACAUUUUUCUACAUAUUGAUUUUGUAUAUUUUUCUAAAUAAAAGAAUGCCUAAUGCA